CGGACAUCUUGCCUGAUUGAUGGCUGUUGAUCCAGACAUGGAAUUGUUGAGGGGUUGACAUGUGGUUGGUUUUGCUGCGACCGCACACACCCUCACACCCCGCGUCCGACGGACAAGCAGAUAUCAGCGGAUUCUCAUCUGGUUUUGAUGUUCUUGGGUGUUUGGUGUCUGAUUUGGGGUAUCUGGAUUUUAAGACGUGUUGUGCCUGGGACUCCUGGUGGUGUAUAUAUGUAAGUAUGUGUGUGAUGCGGUUUGGUUGCUGUUAGUAUCUGGCAGAUACAGCUGAGAAACGAUUGGAACAAUAUGAG